GCGAGACCCCGCGCUCGGUGUCGGUGUCGUGACCUCUCUCUUCCUCUUUUUCCCUUCUGCUGCUUCUUCUUGGGCCCUGCGCUUUUUAGAGCGGCAACAAAGCUGGCUGCUGGUGUAGCUGGUGGUUGGUAAGGGUGGCAGGUUUGCCUUUUCAUCGCCGCUCGGUCGCUCGGUUGAUCUACUGUCCACGCCGGGGCCUCGCUGGUUCAAACUGACCAGUCAGGAUGGAUACUGAGGAGGACUAUCGUCGGGUGAUCGAGGUCCCCUGCCAGGAUGGCGCUACGAUUGAUUUGGACCCGGACCAACUGCAAGAUGUCGGCGAUGUCAUUCUGCUCCUCACCACGGAAAAGCCUGAGCUGGGUAUCUGGCUUGAGAUUAUUGACCACUAUCGGCGCCAAAGCAAGUGGGAUGAGUUUGAACAGCUCUGCCAAGUUGCUAUCGACAGUGACAUCAAAAUCCCAGAGGACCGCGAGAAGCGGCGCCAGCACCGUGACAACUCUGGCAAGCUCUGGGCACUUUUCAGUGCUUUCCUCAUGGAGCAAGCAAAGGAAACCUCCGACCCAGCCAAGCGCAAUAGUCUCAAGAAUCGCGCCCGUCAGCUGAUCACCAAGGGCAAGCAAGUCAAGGCCAACAAAGCCAACAAUUUGCAUGAAGCCUACUUGAAGCUCAUGGAUGCUGAAGACCGCACUGGCCGUGCCGAGCAGAAAGCUCGCGAUAAGGAUCUGAAAGACGCUCGCGUCCUGUUUGACAUUGUUCUCACCGAGGACACCCGUGACUCGAUUGCCCGCAUCGGUGUGGCCCGCGUUGAUUACAUGCAGGGCAAGUACGAGGAUGCUUUGCAACAUUUCCGUGCCGUACUUGGCGACCGACCCGACUGCCCCGUGGGCAUUCGCGUUGCCAUUGCAUUGUGUUUGGCCCAGCUUGGGCGUCUCGACCAAGCCACGGCGGCCUUUGCUCGUGUGCUCGAACUUGAGCCUCACAAUGUCACCGCUCUCGUGGCCACCGCCGUUCUGGAAAUGAACAAGGCCGAGGACUCUUCGCUUGCUGAAGGCAAGAAGCUGUUGAAAGAGGCUUACAGUCUCGACAACAACAACCCCAAUAUUCUCAACCAUCUAGCUAAUCUCUUCUUCAUCAAGGGCGCGUAUGACAAGGUGUUAAGCUUGAGUCGCCACGCGCAAAACUGUCGCCCAACCGCGGCCCAACGAGCUGAGACCAUGUUUCACAUGGCCCGCGUCUAUCACAUCCAAGAGAACUAUGAUGAAGCCUUCAAGCACUACUACAAGGCCGUGCAUGAAGAUCCGGCCUUUGUGCUUCCCCAUUUCGGCGUGGCUCAGCUCUACAUUGAAAAGCGUAAAUACGACAAGGCCAUCGAGCACAUGGAGAUUGUUUACAAGCAUCAGCCGGGCAACUAUGAGAGCAUGAAAGUUCUGGCCUCGUUAUACGCCCAGCAGGACUCGCGAACACAGCGAAACAAGGCAAAGAGUCUCUUCCAGCAAAUCACCACGCUGCGACCUUUUGACAUCGAGGCCUGGAUCGAGUUGGCCAUGCUGCACGAGGCUGAGGAACCAGCCCAAGCCGUCGAGUUGUAUGAGCGGGCUAUCAAGGACCUUGAAGCCGUGGCUGCUUCUCAGGUCACACCAGAGCUCAAGAAUAACCUUGGCGCCGUUUACUUUCUCGUCGAGCGCUACGACAAAGCAGAGGCUGCCUUUCGAGAUGCUUUCAUCAUGACAGAAAACAUGCGUCAACAAGCUGACGAGGCCACGGAUGGACAAGCGCUUGGCGUUACCAUUCAAUAUAAUUUGGCGCGCACCAUGGAAGCCACGAAUCGCAUCAACGAGGCGAUCAUCAUCUACAAGCAGCUUCUCAAGGAGCACCCAGCCUAUGUGGAUUGCUACCUCCGGCUUGGCACUAUUGCCCGCGAACGCGGCGAUUUUCUCAAUGCCAAGCAGUACUACGACGAUGUGCUGCACUUUAAGGAGGAUGGCUACAGCGAAAUGUGCUUGGCCAACAUUUGCUUGGCAAAUGAUGGUCACAAAAAGCCAGGCAUGGACCGCCAUGCGGCUCGUCAACGCUACGAAAAAGUUUUGCGUGCUGACAGCCACAACAUCUAUGCCGCCAACGGCAUUGCCUGCGUCCUCGCUCUCGAUGAUGAAUAUUCGGCGUCCAAGGACAUUUUGCUGCAGGUUCGCGAGGCUGUCGGCACGGAUCGUCGUGCGGCCCAAAUCUGGACCAAUUUGGCCCAUCUCUACGUCAAGCAGGAGAGCUUCAUGGAGGCUAUCCAGCUGUACAAGGCCGUCCUGUCGCGGUUUUUCCACAACAGGGACACCGACAUCCUCUCUUACCUCAUGCGGGCAGAGUACAAGGCCGGCCUGUACCACGAUGCCAUGAAAACAAGCCAAAAGCUUGUGCAUCUGGAGCCCACAGAGGAUCGCCACUGGUUCAAUUUGGCCAUGUGUCAGCUGCAGGUCUCCAAAAUUACCAUUGAUGCGACUCACAACCUCCGCGUGGCUCAGGUGGACCGCUGUGAACGGUUGCUUCGCAUGGCUGAGGAGCAGUUCAUUCGCCUCGGUAAACCAGAAAAGCGCGUGCGCUACAACUUCCGGCGUGCAGAAACGGGCAAGCAAGGCUGCCGUGAUAUUUUGCAGCAGCUCGUGGGCUUGCGCGAGCGUACCGUUCGUGCAGAAGAGGAGGAGCGCCUCCGUCAGGAAGAGAAGCGUGCGAAACGUCUCGAGGCCGAGGAGCUUCGACGCCAACAGGAAGAGGCGCAGCGCCAGGCGCAAGAAGAGGCUGAAGAGCGUCUGCGCAUUCAAAUCCAACAAUUCGAGGAGGAGAAGCGUGAUCUGAAGAACAUUACGGAGGAGCACGUGAAGAUGCCGCGUGCCAAGCGCACAAAGCAGGACGAGCAGUUUAUCGAUGAUCAGGGCGUCAGUGAUAGUGAAGAAGAGGGAGAAGAAGGGGCGCGCAGCGAUGGCAACGAGGGCGACGAGGCAACUCCCAAACCCAAGAAGAAGAAACAACAAAGUGCGCGUCGCCGUCGUGCGAAGGUGGCCGCACGCUCGGCUGCUGCCAUGGAGCGUGAUGAGGAGGAAGCGGCCGCUGCAGCUACCGAGUCAAGCAACGGCCGCUUCAAAUCCAGUGACAUUGUCUUGUCGGAUAGCGACGACGAUGAUGACAUGGUUGCUGCCAACGAAGCCCUGGCUCAGAUGCGGGCCAACCGAGCUCGGACCGCGGAUCAUGACCCACUACAAGAUGAAGAGGAUUAG